AUGACUGUAGAAGAAGGGAUCGAUAUUUCGAAAGAGGGCGAUCGCGGCGUUUUAAAGAAGAUUAUCAAAGAAGGAGAAGGAGAUGACCAUCCAAAUCCUGGUUGUCAAGUUACGGUACAUUAUACAGGCACCCUUUUGGACGGCACAAAAUUCGAUUCCAGCAGAGACAGAAACGAGCCAUUCCAGUUUCUACUUGGCAAAGGGCAGGUAAUCAAGGCAUGGGACAUUGGUGUGGCCACAAUGAAGAAGGGGGAGGUGUGUGUGCUCACAUGCGCCCCCGAAUAUGCCUAUGGUGACAAAGAUAGCCCCAAAAUUCCAGCAAACUCCACACUCCAAUUUGAAAUUGAAAUGAUUGAUUGGGAAUUGGAUGACCUCAGCCCUGGAAAGAGGAAGGGUAUUUUGCGCAACACCCUGGAGCAGGGUUCGGGCUUUGGAAGUCCUAAUGAUGGAGCCCUUGUUACAGUUGAACUUGAGGGCAGAUUGAAGGCGGACGGUAAAAUUUUCGACACUAGAACGGUAACAUUCUCACUUGGCGAGGGCAGUGAGCACAACAUCUGCGAAGGCAUAGAAAGAGCCCUGGAGAAGUUCACGAAAGGCGAAAAGUCUAGGCUGACCAUUGCCCCAAAGUAUGGGUUCAAGUCGGAGGGCAGCUCGGAACUUGGCGUGCCCCCAGACGCCACUCUGGAGUAUACGGUAAAACUAGUGAACUUCGAAAAGGCUAAGGAGACAUGGGCAAUGGAUGGAUCAGAAAAGUUGGAGCAAGCGCAGAUAUUCAAAGAGAAAGGCACGAAUUACUUUAAAAGCAGCAAAUUCCAGUUGUCAAUUAAAAUGUACAAGAGAGUUACAAGUUUGACUGAAGAUAUGGUGGAAGACAAGACACAGACAGAAGAGAACAAAACGAAAGCUAAAGAGCUGUUGAUCUCGGCUCAUCUGAAUCUGGCACUGGUUUACCUGAAGGUGACACCGGUUCACUACUUUGAGGCGAAGGAUCACGCUGCCAAGGCGCUUCAGUUCGAUCCUGGCAAUGUUAAGGGUCUCUUCAGAAGGGGCCAAGCGCUUCUGGGCCUAGGCGAAGCAGAGCAAGCCAUGCAAGAUUUCCAGAAGAUUGUGGAUGCCGAGCCACAGAAUAAGGCUGCGGCCAACCAGAUCAUCGUGUGCCGUGCGACGAUACAGAAGCAGAAACAGAAGGAGAAGCAGCUGUACGCAAACAUGUUCGACAAGUUCGCCAAACACGACUCGGAGAUUGAGCAGAUUAGAGCGAAAGCAGAAGUAGAUGUCAUUGGUGAGAAAGUGGGAGAGUGGGGUGUAGGAGAAGGGGAGUGGACCGACCAGCAGAGAGACAGGAAACCAACGGAGUUUGAGAAGGAAAACCCCAACAUUCUCAUGUUAGACAAGGAUGGAAGGUUCCAAAACAUG